UGUAUAUGGAGCUUUUGUGUCUCCUCUCUCUCUUGGAUUGCUGCUUGCCUUCAUCUUAUCUUGAGCUUUAGCGUGGGUUGCUAAGGCUGUAAGGUUACUAUUUGGGAGAUCAGAUCAAGCCUGGUGGUGAUUUUCUUUCUUAGGUGACCAGCAGCUCAAUUGAGAGGCUGUGAAAAUUAUGAUGCACUGGAUCGUAUCUACAUGUAGGGUUUAGAGUUUUUCUGCUAUGGGUUACAAUUUAGUUUUUAUUUUUACUGGGCCUUAGAUUAUUUUCAAUUUGUGUGUGGGCUCUGCAUCUGUAACUGUGCGCCUCAUUUAUAAUGAAUUGAAUUUUAACUUUGAAAAAAAAGUGGGAACUAAUUAAUUAAUUUGAUAAAAAGUACUAAUUUACGCAAGAACUUCUUAUUGAGUUCGGAAGUCCAAAACAUUAAAGGAAACAAAAAUUUCACUCACUCUCUUCUCUCGAGUUCUCCCUUUUCAUUUUUUGAAGCUUGUUCUUCGAUUCCGGGCUGAGGAACCCAUAUGGCUGACCAGCGGAACCCUAGCGGGGGCCAAAAUGCAUAUAAGAUUAACACCGAUAAGUUCAAACUACGACUUAAGACACUGUAUUCGCAUUGGAAUAAACACAAGGAUGAACUAUGGGGGUCUGCUGAUGCGCUUGCAAUAGCUACGCCGCCACCUUCGGAUGAUUUGCGGUACCUGAAAUCAUCCGCCAUGAAUCUUUGGUUACUAGGUUAUGAGUUCCCGGACACUAUAAUGGUAUUUACCAAGAAGCAGAUUCAUUUCUUGUGUAGUCAAAAGAAGGCUGCUUUGCUUGAGGUUUUGAGAACACCUGCUCAUGAUGUUGCGGGAGGUAUAGAUGUUGUUAUUCAUGUCAAGGCAAAGGGGGAUGAUGGGACAACAUUAAUGGAAGCUAUAUUUCGUGCUAUUCGAGCGCAGCCAAAUGCUAGUGUUGUUGGAUACAUAGCCAAGGAGGUUCCAGAAGGUACUCUUUUGGAGACUUGGGCUGAAAAACUGAAGACUGCAGGUUUCCAGCAGAUUGCCGAUGUAACUAAUGGGUUUUCUGACCUGCUUGCUUUCAAGGAUGCUGAAGAGAUUUUGAAUGUAAAGAAAGCUGCUUAUUUGAGUGUUAGUGUGAUGAGCAAUGUUGUCAUUCCCACUCUUGAGAAUGCUAUUGAUGAGGAGAAGAAAGUUACCCAUUCUGCUUUGAUGGAUGACGCAGAGAAGGCCAUAAUGGAUCCUGCCAAAGCUAGGGCGAAGUUAAAAGCAGAAAAUUGUGAUAUAUGUUACCCUCCCAUAUUUCAAAGUGGAGGAGAAUUUGAUCUCAGACCCAGUGCUGCCAGCAAUGAUGAGUAUCUCUACUAUGAUCCUGCCAGUGUCAUCAUAGUUGCAAUUGGAGCCCGAUAUAACAAUUACUGUUCAAACCUUGCCAGGACAUUCUUGAUUGAUGCCAAUCCAAUGCAGAGAAAGGCUUAUGAGGUUCUGCUCAAAGCCCAUGAAGCAGCAAUUGGUGCAUUAAAGCCUGGGAACAAGAUCAGUGCUGUGUAUCAAGCAGCUGUGUCAGUGGUUGAGAAAGAGGCUCCUGAAUUAGUUCCCUAUCUGACAAAAUCAGUAGGUACAGGGAUUGGGCUUGAGUUCCGUGAGUCUGGCCUGAAUCUUAAUGCCAAGAAUGAUCGAUCGUUGAGGCCAAAUAUGAUUUUUAAUUUGUCACUCGGUUUUCAGAACUUACAGAACCAAACAAAUAACCCAAAGAUCCGGAAUUAUUCUCUAUUAGUUGCUGAUACUGUUAUUGUAGGCCAAACAAAUCCAGAAGUGGCAACUUGUAAGAGCUCAAAAGCUGUUAAAGAUGUGGCUUACUCUUUCACUGAAGAGGAUGAAGUAAAACCAGAACCUAAACCUGGGGCUAAUGGCACAAAGGCCUUCAUGUCCAAGACAACACUAAGGUCUGAUUCAGGGGAGAUCUCAAAGGAGGAGAUUCGCAGGCAGCACCAGGCGGAGCUUGCCCGUCAAAAGAAUGAAGAAACUGCAAGGCGACUUACUGGUGAAGAAAGAGCAACAGGAGACAACCGUGGAGCUGCAAAGACUUCAACUGAUUUGAUAGCAUACAAGAAUGUCAAUGAUAUUCCUCCUGCAAGAGAUCUAAUGAUUCAGAUAGACCAGAAGAAUGAGGCUGUGCUUCUGCCUAUUUAUGGGAGUAUGGUACCUUUCCAUGUUGCUACAAUCAGGACAGUUUCCAGCCAGCAAGACACCAACAGAAAUUGCUAUAUCCGUAUUAUAUUUAAUGUGCCGGGAACUCCUUUUAGUCCACACGAUGCAAAUUCACUGAAGUACCCAGGGGCUAUUUACCUGAAGGAAGUUUCAUUUCGGUCCAAGGACCCUAGGCACAUCAGUGAAGUGGUACAGCAGAUUAAGACACUUAGACGGCAUGUUGUGGCUAGGGAGUCUGAGAGGGCUGAGAGGGCAACCUUGGUUACUCAGGAGAAACUUCAGCUUGCUGGGAGUAGAUUCAAGCCAAUAAGGUUGGCGGACCUUUGGAUCCGUCCAGCAUUUGGUGGCCGGGGAAGAAAACUACCUGGUGCUCUGGAAGCUCAUGUAAAUGGAUUUAGAUUUUCAACUAGUAGAAGUGAUGAGCGUGUGGAUGUUAUGUUUGCAAACAUCAAACAUGCUUUUUUCCAGCCUGCAGAGAGGGAAAUGAUCACUCUUCUCCACUUUCACCUUCACAAUCAUAUCAUGGUAGGGAACAAGAAGACCAAGGAUGUGCAGUUUUAUGUGGAAGUGAUGGAAUCGGUCCAGACUUUGGGAGGCGGAAAGAGGUCUGCAUAUGACCCUGAUGAAAUUGAAGAAGAGCAAAGGGAAAGGGACAGGAAGAAUAAGAUCAAUAUGGAUUUUCAGAGCUUUGUAAAUCGGGUGAACGAUCUUUGGAGCCAACCGCAGUUUAGUGGACUCGACCUUGAGUUUGAUCAGCCUUUGAGAGAGCUUGGCUUCCAUGGGGUGCCCUACAAAACCUCAUCUUUCAUCAUCCCAACUUCAAGCUGCUUGGUCGAGCUAGUUGAGACUCCUUUCCUUGUUAUCACCCUAAGUGAGAUUGAGAUUGUGAACUUGGAGAGAGUUGGUCUUGGACAGAAAAAUUUUGAUAUGACCAUUGUGUUUAAGGAUUUCAAGCGGGAUGUCCUUCGGAUUGAUUCUAUCCCAUCAACAUCACUAGAUGGCAUAAAGGAAUGGCUUGACACAACGGACAUAAAGUAUUAUGAGAGCAAGUUGAAUUUGAACUGGCGGCAGAUACUGAAGACAAUCACUGAUGACCCUCAGAGUUUCAUAGAUGAAGGGGGUUGGGAAUUUUUGAAUUUGGAAGCUAGUGAUUCAGACUCUGAGAAAUCGGAGGAUUCAGACAAGGGUUAUGAGCCAUCAGAUGCAGAACCUGAGUCUGAGUCAGAAGAUGAUGACUCGGAUAGUGAGUCAUUGGUGGAGUCUGAUGAGGACGAGGAGGAGGAGGAUUCAGAGGAAGAUUCCGAGGAAGAAAAAGGCAAGACCUGGGAAGAGUUAGAGAGGGAAGCAAGCAAUGCAGACAGGGAAAAAGGGGAUGAGUCUGAUAGUGAGGUGGAGAGGAAUAGAAGGAAAGCGAAGAAUCUUGGGAAGUCUCGGGCCCCUCCUAGUAGCAGCAUGGCCAAGCGUUCCAGGUUCAGAUAGAUGUGAGGAAUUCCCCCCCCUUCCUUUUUUUUGUACCAUGUAGCAGCUGCAGGCAAUUUUGUUUUAGAACUCAGUUUCCUGACGUGGCUUGCAUUGAAGCCAUAAGCUAGUGUUAAUUCUUUAGGAUCUUAUUUAAUCAAUUGUGGCUUUUGAAUGUCGAAGUAGGAGGCUUGAUUAUUGAUUUUUUGCUUGUAAGUUGGCGAUUUUGGUUUUAAUGGAAUUGAAGUUAUACUGCUCCCCAAAA